AUGACGACACAGGAUAGCAAGGAUAUCGACUUAUGGUCAGAAUGCACGACCGAUAGGAUCCUCGAAGUAAGAACGAGUAAGAUGAAAAAGAUGCCCGGGCUCCAGAUUGAAAGCGGAAUCGACAAAUGUGUGUGCACCGACUCUGUGCGUGUGACCCGCUUAGGUCUCGACGGCGACGAGCAUGAUCCAACCUUUCAUGGUGGGGUGGACAAGGCUGUCCAUGGGUACUGCAGUUCCCACUAUCUGGGUUGGCAGCGUGAGUACCCGUCCGCUGCAGGUCGUUUCCGUCCCGGGGGCUUUGGCGAGAACCUCGUCACGCGCCACUUGAAUGAGCGCAACGUCUGCAUCGGCGACAAAUGGGCCGUGGGCGACUCUGUCGUACUGCAAGUCAGCCUCCCACGCCAGCCAUGCUUCAAGCUUAACCAUCGCUUCCAACUCAAGAAUUUUGCGCCGAAGACAUUUCGAUCGAGCCGUACGGGCUGGUACUACCGCGUCUUGAAAGAAGGAAACGUCAAGGCAGGAGACAGCAUGACCCUGAUUGAACGUCAGUGGCCCAAGUGGACUAUUGAACGAGGGCAAGAGUUUCUACACCGGAACCAGGAGGACCUAGCGGCGAAUGAGGAGCUGGCGGCCAUCGAAGCAAUGGGCGAGGAGAGCCGUGGCGCCUUCCAGAAGAGAGUGGCCAAGGCCAAGGCUAGAGCGAAGCGCAAGGGGGAGACGGAAAAGGGGGAAGUCUGGCGCGAGUACUACAUCGCUGAGAAGACGACGCAAACACCCCGCAUCGCGUCCUUUCUUCUCAAGCUUCGCGUGCCCAUUGACGAGGAGGAGCAACAGAUCCCCAACGGCGCCCAUGUGAAGCUCCUCCUUCCCAAUGGCCUGCAGCGGUCUUAUUCCGUCGUGUCGGGAAAUCAUCAGUGCUUUGAGCUAGGUGUUGCAUUGGAGGACGACUCGCGAGGCGGAUCGAAGUGGCUUCACAGCGUCAUACCCGGGCCGGACGCUGUGGUCCAGGUGGGCAGGUUCACAAACGACGUUCCCAAUGCUAACGCGGCGAGCAACCACGUCUUUGUCGCUGGCGGAGUCGGUAUUACAGCGUUUCUGGCCUCACUGGAGGCGUACCACAGCAUCAAUUACAACAUUGAGCUGCAUUAUGCUGUGCGUUCGGCAGAUGAUGUGCCUUUUCGACAGCGCAUUGAAAAGCUAGGCGCCAGCGUCAAACUCUACGACAAGUCCAAAGGCCAGCGCCUGGACAUUCGCGAGAUUGUGCGAACGCUCAAGUGGAAUAGCCAGCUGUACUUCUGUGGUCCGACUCGCAUGAUUGAGUCUGGUCGCAGAGCCGUCCAGGAAUUUGGCGUGGAUGAGAACGAAGUUCACUACGAAGCUUUCUCAGCAGACACCACAGGCGACCCAUUUGAUGUGGAAGUAGCCAAUCGAGCUGGUAAGAUCGUACAUGUGACUCAGGAAGAAACGCUACUAGAGGUCCUGAAGAGAGAGUUUGGAGGUGAUCAAGUGGAGAGCAGCUGCGAAGUGGGUAAUUGCGGAACUUGCAAGAUCAAUCUGAAGGAUGGGACAAUCGAACACAGAGGCACCGCAUUGACGACGGAACAAAAAGAAAGUUCCAUGCUGAGCUGUGUCAGCCGUGGAAUCGGGAGGAUUGUGGUUGAGGUGUAAGGCACCUUACCUUAUUCGUAGAGUGAAGCCAUCAUGGAGUGGAGCAAGCUGGGUCUUAUCCAUGCAUUGCUAGUGGUUGACUGGAGAAAAGCAUGGGAACUUCGACCCACCAGUAGCCUUAUCUUUUACUUCCUCAUUUUUUUGGAGCUGCCUUUUGCUCCAUUGCCCAGUUC